GGAUCGGUUCUCACUUCUGAAAAGUGCGAUAGGGACUUCGAAAUGGAGUGUUCGAAUAUUAUUCGACUAACAAUGGCUAUUCGGAUUGGAAAUCGUGAGCUCUGGGUAUUUUAGUCCGUUCACGCGUUCUUCGUCAUCACUCUGCAGCCAACAGCCAGCCAACCGUGACCAUGGCCCAAAGAUUUCGAAGCGGCAGAUUUGUGCGCUGAUACCGGCCCCUGCUUCAGCACUAAUACAAGUCGUCAACCGGUUAUCCAUCUCCCAGACAACGAUCAACUGACUACACAAGGAUUCAUUUAUCGCAGUCGAUUGCUUAUCAAGAGAACAGAAAAGCCAAGAGAUAGAUAAUCAUGUCAGAAGCCAAGACUGCCGAUGCUACCGCCGCCACUGAGGGCGAGGAGAAUAUCCCUGAUAUGAGUCUAUUGUCCAUUACAGAUGGAGAGAAUGAGCGAGGGAUCCCGGUUGUCAAGUUCAUUGAUGAUGUCGGAGCUUUUGCAGAAUCUUUUACGCCACCGGCUUCCGCUGAGCUGCUAAUUGGCGCCUACACGGAGCUCCAUUCCAAAUUCAAGACCUACGAGAUCAGUUUGACCCAAAAGCAGGCCAACCUAAAAUCCAAGAUCCCCGAAAUGGAAACCUCUCUGGCAUUGGUGAAAAGCCUGCAAAAGAAACGCGACGACAAGGAGACAAUCAUAACUCGCUAUAGCUUGGCAGACGAUGUCUACGGCAAAGCAGAGCUGGACUUGGAUCAGGGCAGCGUCAAUCUCUGGCUUGGAGCCAAUGUCAUGCUGGAGUAUACCUACGAAGAUGCCAUUGAAUUCUUGUCCAAAAAUGAACAAUUAGCUCGGAAAGAAUUCGGCGAAGUAAAGAAUGAUCUGGCGUUUGUCAGGGAUCAAAUUGUCACCUCGGAAGUGAGUAUGACGCGCAUUUUCAAUUGGGACGUCCGAAAGAAACGAGUAGAAAAGGUACAAGGCGGGGGCGACGAAGCCAAAUAAUACAUAUUGUAGCAACCAGCCAUAGGAAGGAAAUAGAGAAGGGUGUUGUUGCCAAAUUCUUCAAUCGAAACCUACUA